AUGAAUGCAAUACAGAAAAGUGUGCUGAAACGCCAAACACCAAAAAUAGCCGAAGGAAUCAUCAUGAAUGAAGAUAUCCUAUCAGCUUUAUUAGCCAAUGAAAUUUUUCAAUCUUCUAUGAUUGACAUCAUACGUGCAGAAUCAACUCCUACCAACAGAGCCUACAAGAUGUUAGAACUCCUACCCAAAAGAGGACCGGAAGCAUUUUCAGGAUUUAUUGACAUUAUACAGAAAGACUAUCCAUGGUUGGCUACAUCUCUACAGUCAGAGGUAGACCAUGUGUCAGGUUCAUCUAAAAAAACAGAGAAUAUAUUAAAUGAUAUUCGUAAGAAAGUUCGUACAUUCGUACACAAACAAUUCGGACAAAGUAAAAAACUUGCCGAAAAGGACAAAAAGUUAAUCACAAAUUGGAUGACAGAUCAAAUAACCAAUGAAAGACUUCGACUUCAGUCCAUAAGUGCCAGAUGA